UUCUCACUUAACACUUAACAGUAGUAGAGCUCAGAAAUGAUUCAGGCUUCAGCCAUGCCUGUGAUCCGACUCAUCUCAGCCAGCACAAUCCAAGCACCGAGUCAAGCCGACUCAGCUCAGAAAAUCCACUUAACACCAUGGGAUCUUGUGGCCCUCCCAAUCAAGAUGAACCAAAAAGGCCUUCUCUUUCAUCACAAACCAUCAUCAUCACAAAUUCAGCAUCUCAGACACUCCCUUUCCACCACCCUCGCUUUCUUUCCACUCCUCGCCGGCCGUCUCAUGGCUACUGAAGGCAAAAACAACACCACCUAUUGUCAUAUUCUCUGCAACAAUAAAGGAUCCCUCUUUGUCCAUGCCAUAGCAGAGAACACACGUGUUGAUGAUAUUCUUCAGCCAAAGUACGUUCCUUCCAUUGUCAACUCCUUCUUCCCACUUAACGGAGUUAGAAACUGCGAAGGCACGUCUCACUCGUUGCUUGCGGUGCAGGUCACGGAGCUAGUUGACGGCGUCUUCAUCGGCUUCACGAUCAACCACGUGGUCGCCGACGGAGAGUCAUUAUGGAACAGAGACAAAGAACAUCUCUUAGACUUUGAUCCUGAACCUGAAAGGACUUUCAGGCGACGUUUACAACAGGCAAGAUUGUACAAGGCUGCAGAAUCCACUAUGGAUGCUAACAAUGCUGAUAAUGCCAAUGUGGCAAAUCCUAAUGUGAAUGAGCAACAAGGGAGAGUACUUGGCUCUUUCUCUGCUCCUACUGCAGAUCUGUAUGGAAAGAGCAUUGUGGUGCCUCCUAUUGCUGCAAACAACUUUGAGUUGAAGCCUCAACUAGUCACCCUGGUAUAACAAAACUGCCAGUAUCAUGGUCUUCCUUACGAAGACCCAAAUCAAUUAAUUUCAAGUUUUCUGCAGAUUUGUGAUAAUGUAAAGACAAACGGAGUGAACCCAAAUGUGUACAAACUAAUGCUCUUUCCGUUUGCUCUGAGGGAUGGAGCAAAACUAUGGCUAGAUUCUCAACCCAAGGACAGUUUGGAUACUUGGAACAAGGUGGUUACUGAGUUUCUCACAAAAUUUUUCCCACCAAAGAAGCUGACUAAGCUUAGGAUGGAGGUUCAGACCUUCAGACAGAAGGAUGGUGAGACUCUGUAUGAAGCUUGGGAGAGAUACAAGCUACUGACUAGGCAAUGCCCUCCAGACAUGUUCUCUAAAUGGACACAAAUAGACAUAUUUUAUG